AUGGCUCAUCAUAAGGGUCAACGGAUUUCCAAGGAAGUUCGAAAUUUUAAGCAUUUUAAUGAAAGAUUAUUUUUGGAAGACCUAUCAAGCAUUCCGUGGGAAUAUGCAAAUAAUUUUAAUGAUCCAAAUGAUAGCUGGUUUGUUUGGAAAUCCUUAUUUCUUGAG